GGAACCUAGAGACAGGUCUGCGCCUAUGGACAUUGACCCCCCGGUAUACAACACAGACAGGCUCGACGCAUUCGUAUACAAGCACAACGACGGCCCAGCCAGAAAACGCCUGCACACCGAGCUCGAACACCAACCUUUCCACCCACAGCCCACCCAGGGAUUCGCACAGUUCAACAGCUCACUCAAUUCUGCACCCCUCCUUCUCGCAGCCCUCAACACUCCCAAAAAAGCCCCGGCCUAUGACCCCUCCCAGUGGUAUUCCCAAGGCGCACGAACACCGGCCACCUCCUUGGUAACCCAGGAGGUGGAUAUGGACAGCCCAGCGAGACGGGGUCCGUCUUCAGAGGCAGCGGGUUCAGUUGACGAAACUGAAAGGGGCGGAGAGGCCGAGGACAAGGAGAAUGCAACAGAGGAGAAGAAGCCUAGAAAGUUUGCAAAGGGUGCUGUGACGAGGACGAAUCGGAAACGACAGCAGUCAAAGAAGGAGCAGGUGCGUUCAGACAACGAAGAUCGAGGGGCAGUGCGACAUAGCGAUUCGGCCACGCCGGCAUUCACAAAAUCCGAACACCACUACAGUGUGCAUAUGGCAGCCCCUUCUCUCAGGCACUCUGAAAUACCGGCCCUCCUGUUGGGCUACCUCCAGUUCUUUGUAAACACAUCCAUUGUUCUCUUCUGCAUCUACCUGGCAAUCCUGUUCGUCCUGACUGUAAGGAGGGAUGUCAAGGAUAAGAUGAACGAGUAUUCUGUCGAAAUACUGCAGGAGAUUGCCGAGUGUACCAACAUGUACUUGACAAAUAUGUGUAGCUCAAACAGAAUACCCCAUAUGGACGCUCCAUGUAGAGCCUGGGAAGCUUGCAUGAACCGGGAUCCUACCGUUGUUGGAAGAAUCAACAUCAUUGCCGAAACGUUUGCGGGUGUGAUCAACAGUUUUGUAGAACCGAUCAGCUGGAAAACUAUGAGCUUUACACUAGUCACUCUUACAUUCCUUGUAAUCCUCACCAACUCUGCGCUAUUCAACCUUCGAGCGAGGGCGUCUCAGCAUGACACGUCUGCGCCGGCUGCGCCUGCUUUCUGGCCUCCGCACGGGCAGUUCAUGCCGCAACUGCCGGCGAACAUGCCGCAGGCGCCCACGGUGCACGCGCCGGGAGAGGGAGGGGAGAGGGACGCGCGGCAGAUUGGCUGGCGUGGGGAGAAGGGGAAGGGGUGGUGA